CAUCAUUCUCUGUUGAUCAGGCUCAGAAAUUAGAAUUGGCGGGAUCUCAAUUGUGUAUAGGUGGCAGGGCGGUUCUUCGCCACCUUCAUCUGCAAGGAAGACUCAGGAAUAGUGACGGAAGAUCGCUCCAAUUUUCUCCUGAUAGCGCCACCCUGAUACGCCAUCUUAGCAGGGAGGUUCUCUGUUGAGAAGCCUUCUCAUCCCGGUUGACGUCUCCUUGGCAGCAAGCUUUAGAUAGCAAGAGGGUUGUGAUUGCUGCGGGCAAAGAAUCUUGCCAGAAUUUUUUGGGGAUCUCGCCUAGAUUGCCUAUAUCCGAUGAGGUCAAGUCUCUGAUUGCAGCAAGGCUCACAAGCAAGGGGGUCAGGAUGGCAAUGGUUGAGGUGACCCAGAUCCUGCUGAGCGCUCAGUCAGCGGAUGCUAACAUCCGGCAGCAGGCUGAGGAGAGUCUCAAGCAGUUUCAGGAGCAGAACUUUGCCGGGCUCUUGCUCUCCUUGUCCCGUGAAUUGUCAACUGAGGACAAACCUGCAGACUCAAGGCGGCUUGCUGGCCUUGUCCUGAAGAAUGCUCUAGAUGCAAAGGAAGCACCGCGCAAGGAAGAGUACACGCAGCGAUGGAUUGCUCUAGAUGUGGCUGCCAAGAAGCAGAUAAAAGCGGCACUUCUAUCGACGCUAGGAUCCGUGACUGCAGAUGCGAGGCACACGUCUGCGCAAGUCAUUGCAAAAGUCGCUGCAAUAGAGCUUCCAAGGAGCGAAUGGCCGGAACUGAUUGGCACGCUUCUGGGCAACAUGGGACCCCUGGGGGCAGUGGAGCAGCCAACACAUUUGAAGCAAAGCACAUUAGAGGCACUGGGGUACGUGUGCGAAGAGAUCUCUUCCGAUGUGUUGGCACAGGAUCAAGUAAACAGUAUUCUGACAGCAGUGGUUCAGGGGAUGAAUGUAACGGAGACGAGCAACGAGGUCAGGCUGGCAGCAACGAGAGCGCUGUAUAAUGCCCUGGACUUUGCGCAGACAAAUUUUGAGAACGAGAUGGAGAGAAAUUACAUCAUGCAAGUUGUGUGCCAGACCACCUCCAGUCCUGACGGGAAAGUUCGGCAAGCUGCCUUUGAGUGCUUGGUGGCAAUUGCGGGUUCCUACUAUGAAAAGCUGGCGCAGUACAUGCCGGAAAUCUUCAGCAUCACGAGCAAGGCCGCCAAAGACGACGAGGAGCCGGUGGCGCUGCAGGCCAUCGAGCUCUGGUCCACCAUCUGCGACGAGGAGAUCGAGAUCCAGGAGGAGUACGAGGGCGACUCUGAGAUCACCAACUACCACUUCAUCAAGCAAGCGCUCCCUGCGCUCAUCCCCAUGCUCCUGGAAACGCUGACCAAGCAAGAGGAGGACCAGGACACAGACGAGAACGCCUGGAACCUUGCAAUGGCGGGGGGGACUGCUUUGGGGCUUGUGGCAAGAACAGUCGGCGAUGAUGUCGUGCCGCUGGUCAUGCCAUACGUCCAGGAGAACAUCAUGAAGCCGGACUGGCGGUGUCGGGAAGCGGCGACGUUCGCGUUUGGCUCGAUCCUGGACGGCCCCAGCCCCGAGAAGCUCGCGCCUCUAGUUAACAUGGCGAUCGGGUUCCUGCUGAACGCAAUGAAAGACGAGAACUCGCACGUGAAGGACACGACCGCCUGGACAAUAGGGCGCAUCUGCGAGUUCCUGCACGGCCCUGGGAUGGAGAACACGGUGAUCAACGGGCAGAACCUGCAGCCGAUUGUGACGGUGCUGCUGGAGAGCAUCAAGGACGUGCCGAACGUGGCGGAGAAGGUGUGCGGGGCGAUUUACUUCCUGGCGCAAGGGUUCGAGGACAGCAACGGGACGUCACCACUCUCGCCCUACUUCCAGGUGGUGGUGCAAGCGCUGCUAGCGACCGCGGACCGCGAAGACGCCACCGACACGCACCUGCAGGCGUCCGCGUACGAGACGAUGAACGAGGUGGUGCGCAGCUCGACGGACGACACGGUGCAGGUGGUGGUCCAGCUGAUCCCGGUGAUCAUGGGCAAGCUGGGGGCGACGCUCGGGAUGCAGAUCCUGUCGGCGGACGACAAGGAGCGGCAGUCGGAGCUGCAGGCGCUGCUGUGUGGGGUGCUGCAGGUGAUCAUCCAGAAGCUGGGCGCCAACGACAACACCAAGCUGGGCGUGGUGCAGUACGCGGACAACCUGAUGGAGCUCUUCCUGCGCGUCUUCGCCUGCCGCAGCGCCACCGUGCACGAGGAGGCGAUGCUGGCCAUCGGGGCGCUCGCAUACGCGGUCGGCGCAGGUUUCGCGAAGUACAUGCCGGAGUUUUACAAGUACGUCGAGAUGGGGCUCAAGAAUCACGAGGAGUACCAGGUCUGCCAGGUGACCGUGGGCGUGGUCGGCGACCUGUGCCGGGCGCUGGAGGCGCGCGUGUUGCCGUACUGCGACGGGAUCAUGACGGAGCUGCUCAAGGACCUCUCCUCCAAGCAGCUGCACCGCUCGGUCAAGCCGCCCAUCUUCUCGUGCUUCGGCGACAUCGCGCUCGCGAUCGGGGACGCGUUCGAGAAGUACCUCGCGUACGCGGUCCCGAUGCUCCAGGGCGCGGCGGAGCUGUCGGCGGCGCAGAUGGGGCAGGGGGACGAGGAGCUGCUGGACUACAACAACCAGCUGCGGGGGGGAAUCUUCGAGGCGUACUCGGGGCUGCUGAUGGGUUUCAAGGGGACCCCCAAGGCGGACCUGCUGGUGCCGUAUGCGGAGCACAUCGUGGCGUUCAUCGAGACUGUGUACAAGGACAACGAGCGGGACGAGACGGUAACGAAGGCAGCGAUUGGAGUGCUGGGCGAUUUGGCAGACACUUUGAAGGGCGCGGUGGCCCCUCUGUUCCAACAACGCACGUUCUGGAGAGAGUUCGCUGAGGAAUGCAUGCAAAAUGAGGAUUAUCGAAUCAAAGAGACGGGGCAGUGGGCCUCCAACGUGAUUAGUCAACUGGUCGAAAGCUAGGGCGAUUGAUUCGUGAGCGUCAUGUGCGUAGAGAUGUAUAGAGACUACGGGCCAUAGAUGAGCACUUACGUGCUCCCAUUGCUUUGAUAGGUUGCUUGUUUCUAGAAUGCCAGGAUUGUUCUGACUCGGAACAUCAAAUGCUUCAAUAAAGUCUAAUCAAUGCUGCCUCUUCGAAGAGAAAGUGCUAAUGUCAGGUUGAUUUACCCUUAUGCCUGGCUGCCGCCGACCGA